AUGAAUUCAUCCGAUAGUGAUAUUAUUCUUCAACUUAAUAAUAUAUCGACUGUUCUCUUUAAAUAUAUGUCUCCACCAUUAUUUAUAGUGGGAAAUCUGGGCAAUUUUACAAGUAUUUUUAUGUUUUCAAAAAAAAUCUGGCGAAAAAAUGUUUGCGUAUUUUAUUUUUUUAUUUAUCUUAUUUUUGGUUUAUGUUUUAUAAAUUCAACAAUGCUUGGAUCAAUAUUUACUUAUGGUAAUAAUAUAGCAGCCCAAAACAACAAUGUUGUUUUAUGUAAAUUUUAUAUUUAUGCUGCUUUUAUUUGGGCAACUGGCGCACCUACCGUUCUUAUUCUUGCAUCAAUUGAUCGUUUAUUAAUUUCUUCACAAAAUGUUGAUACACGUUUAUAUAGUUCAAAACGUUUAGCUUAUUUCAUGAUCAGUAUAAGUACAUGUUUUUGGAUUAUUUUUAAUAUUCAUUUACUUGUUAAAGUUAAUAUUUAUCAAUUUGGUCCUUCACUUUAUUUGUGCUCUUAUGAACCUACAAAUGAAUACCUAAAUUUUGUUUUUUUCUUUUUAACAGGUAUUCACACUCUUUAUGUUAUAGUUCUAUUUAUUUUAUCAAUAUUAUCAUUUAAAAAUGUUCAUCAUAUUCAAUUAAUUCCACGUCAACAACAAAAAGAACUUCGAACAAUGACAAAACGAGAUUUUCAAUUACUUCGUUGUUUAUUUGCUGAAGGAAUUGUUUUUAUGAUUUUUGCUAUGUUAAUUAAUGGUUAUUAUUUCUAUCAAGCAAUUACAAGAGAACAAAUUCGAACACCAUUACAAACAGCAGUUGGAAAUUUUAUCAAUAAUCUUUUUACUUUCCUUUAUAAUAUUCCUUAUUGUGCCAAUUUCUUUGUAUUUAUAAGCUUAUCAAAAGCUUUUCGACAUGAUUUCAAAAGAUUAAUUUACAAGGUUUGCGGAAAAAGUAUAACGGUAAUGCGAGAAGAGAACAAUCAAAUUAAUCUUGCUGCUAUCAAUGAAACUUGA